CCUAUGUUCAAGAGCCUGAAGGUUGAGAGGUAAUAAAUAUUCCCGAACCUAGUGGUGCGAGGCCUGAGGCUUCUGUACCUCUUUCCUGGUGAUGGAUGCUGCUUUCCUGGGACCACUCUUCGUGUAGAGGUGCUCAAUGCUGGGGAGGGUUUUACUCGUCAUCCACUAUGUUUUUUUAGGAUUUUUCACAGUUCAACAGUUAAGUUCAAGUUCAAGUUGUUUUUAUUGUCAUUUCGACCAUAAACUGCUGGUACAGUACACAGUAAAAAUGAAACAACGUUCCUCCAGGACCCUGGUGCUACAUGAAACAACACAAAACUACACAAGACUAUGUGAGACAACACAAGACUACACUUGACUACGUAAAACAACAUAAAAACUGCACUAGACUACAGACCGGCACAGGACUACAUAAAGUGCACAAAACAGUGCAGGGCAGUACAAUAAUUAAUAAACAAGACAAUAGGCACAGUAGAGGACAAAUUACAAUACCGGUUUAGACUCAGAGUAUUGAGGACACUGAUGGCUUGGGCGAAGAAAACUGUUGCACAGUCUGGUUAUGAGAGCCCGAAUGCUUCGGUCCUUUUUGCCAGAUGGCAGGAGGGAGAAGAGUUUGUAUGAGGGGUGCGUGGGGUCCUUCUUAAUGCUGUUUCCUUUGCGGAUGCAGCGUGUAGUGUAAAUGUCUGUGAUGGCGGAAACAGGGACCUUGAUGAUCUUCUCAGCGGACCUCACUAUCCGCUGCAGGGUCUUGCCGAGAUGGUGCAAUUUCCGAACCAGGCAGUGAUGCAGCUGCUCAGGAUGCUCUCAAUACAACCCCUGUAGAAUGUGAUGAGGAUGGGGGGUGGGAGAUGGACUUUCCACAGACUUCACAGAAAGUAGAGACGCUGCUGGGCUUUCUUUGCUAUGGAGCUGGAGUUGAGGGACCAGGUGAACACCAAGAAAUUGGGUGCUCUUUACGAUCUCUACCGAGGAGCCGUCGAUGUUCAGCGGGGAGUGGUCACUCCGUGCCCUCCUGAAGUCAAUCACCAUCUCUUUUGUUUUGUCCACAUUCAGAGACAGGUUGUUGGCUCUGCACCAGUCCGUUAGACGCUGCACCUCCUCUCUGUAAACUGACUCGUCGUUCUUGCUGAUGAGACCCACCACGGUCGUGUCAUCGGCCAUUUGGAGAGGUAGAGCAGGGUGUAGGUCAAUGGGACUGGGCAGAAUAGCAGUGUGGCACAGACUAGAUGGGCUGAAAAGCCUAUUUCUGUGCCGUCAUGUUCUGUGUCUCUAUGGGAUUUGCCGAGGUCGUGAAUAAGCUCCACGGAGGGUAUGGGAGUAUAUAAGUUGCAUUGUUUGCUGUGUAACCAAAACUAUGUAGUCAGCUUUGAACUUGCUAUUUGCUAUGCAUGUAUCCAAUUUAGUAGGAGAAUGAAAUCUUAAGAAUGUAGAAGACAAUGGUGUGUUAAUAAGAGGAAGCUAAGAGAUGUAGAUUAGAACAUGAUUAAGUCAAUGGGUAGAAACAAUAGUGGCGGCUGUACUUGUGGUACGCAACUGUCGACCGAUUGGAUAUGCUAAUGCAACUAAACCAGGAGAUUGCUGUAAAAAAUGGUAUGUCCAGGGAUCGGUGGGCAAUCAGCGACUAGCUCCAUGACUGUCUCAGCUUUGAUUUGCAAGUUAAAGUUUAAUACUUCCUGAAGAAUCUUCUGCGCCUCCCGGUUGUUUGCGGGGCCCGAGAAGCCCCGGCAAGGGGGAAUUGCCAACCCUGCCUCUGUUUACAACAGCACUGCAGGCCGAAUCUGUCCUGCUCCAAUCAGCAGAGAGCAGCGUUCCGGCCAACUGGGAGCGGGGAAACUUGGGCGCGAAAAAAAGAGAGCCAAUCAGUGGAGCCCUUUUCGACUUCGCCCAAUCAUAACGUACGACGCCGAGGCGGAAAGCGGCUCUACAGCUCAGUGCUUGGCACGUAUCGGCAGGCAGCCAAUGCAGAGGCAGGCUCUUCCAGCCAAUCAGAGAAAGCAGACCACCAUGAACGAAUCGGAGCGCAACACUGAAGACACAAACCAAUCGGAAUUCAGAAUGUUUUCCACUGCACGUCCCUUCCACAGGUCAUCCAAUGGAUAGGCCCGACACUGCAGCUUCAGGGUCGUAGGGCAGACCAAUAGGGUGUUCCGUUGCAGCGCGGUGUGACGGUUGUUCGCUCGCUCGCUCGGCUCUGAGGAGAGCUUUUGUGUCGAUGGCGUCGGAGUUUGCGGGCGGGCGCCGGGCGCUGGCUUCCCGCUGAGUCUCCGCCGCCGCCACCGCCGCUCCAUGGCGCUGCGCUGGGGUGGCAGCGAGCGCCUGCAGCCGGGCCCGGCCUCCAGCGACGUGGUCAACCUGCUGUCGGACGAUGAGCAGGAGGGCGCGGCGACCGAGCUCCAGGCCUCGGCCUCCAACUGCCGACAGCGCCGCGUCCAGCUGCAGCCUCCCGGGCCCGAGGAGGAGCAACGCGGCCUGGUCCGCUUCGAGAACCAGCGGCUGUUCAGUGAGUUUGUGGAAUUCUGUGAAACAUUAACAGAAGACAACCCAGAAGUGAUAAAUUUUCUGCAGAGGAAAUACAGCAAGGCAUUUCCAGAAUAUUUGGCCUCCACAGAAUUCCGUAACGUAUUGGGACGCUGCCUGACCCGGGUUCAGGGCAGGAAGAGCAAAGUCUUCGUUUACAUUAAUGAGCUGUGUACUGCACUCAAAGCCAAUUCCCAAAAAACCAAACUCGCCUUGGCUAGUAAGGAGAAUUCAAAGCAUCAGUCGGUGGUUGUUGAGGGUCAAUCUGUCACAAACACCAAGGAGGAAGAAGACUACCCUGGGAAAACUACUGCCCCAUCAGAAGCAGCUGCGUCCACAUCUGUUCCAAACCUUGCUUCAGGUGAAAAGAAGCGAACAGGCACUGGGUCACGGCGUCAGAUCCGUUACCUGGAGAACCUCUUAAAGGUUUAUGCUGAUGAAAUCAAACGCCUUCAGGAGAAAGAGCUGAAUUUGAAUGAUUUGGAAGAUGAAGAUUCCUCCUAUGUUCAGGAGCACCGGCUGAAGAAGAAGAUGGUGAAAAUCUUUGAAAAGUUGUGUGAGUUGAAGAACUGCUCAAGCCUAACGGGCCGUGUUAUUGAGCAGCGCAUUCCCUUCUCUGGUACACGGUACCCAGAAAUCAACCGCAAAGUGGAGAAAUUUAUUAACAAACCUGAUCACUUCCCCGACUAUCAGGACAUCAGGAACAUCAUGCACAAAGUUAGCACGCGUUACAACCUGGGACUGAGCCAAAGACAGAUUCAAAGUAUGGCGCAGGAUGUGUUCCGCGAGGUCGGUAACAGGCUGCAGGAGAGGCGCCACCUCGACUUGGUCUACAACUUCGGCAGCCAUCUCACUGACGACUAUAAACCAGGCAAAGACCCAGCCGUAACAGACAUCACAUUGGAAAAGAGGCUUCGGCAAAACAGGACCGUUGCACUUCAGCGCCUGGAUGAGGUGGUGAAGAAGUAUGCUGAGAUCCAGGAUGUUGGUGAAAUGGAGGAGGAGGAGAAGAGAAAGAAGAAGAAACAGCAGUCUACUGUCCCUCUUCCCUCUGAAGCAGGAAGGGAGAACGUCAAUGAUGAACAAGAGGAGGUACAAAAGGUGGCUGUGGCUGAGGCUGAAAGGGAAGGACAACAAGCGGACGUGGUGGAAAAUGCUGCCUCUGAGGAGGAGGAUGAGGAGGAAGAGGAGGAUGAAGAGGAAGAUGAAGAUUUGUCAUCUGAGCCUGACAUUGAAGAGGAGCUGUCUAAAAUCGAGGAGGCAGUCGAUGCUGAGGAAGAACCCCAAGAAGAUGAGAAAUGUGAAGGCAGUGAGAUUGAUGAAGCUGAGGUUCAGUCUGAAAGCUCCCCCCAGUCAUCAGAUGAGAGCGAAGAAGAUUCUGAGUCUGCAGAGGUCCAGGUAAGGGACAUCAUCUGCCCUUUGGAAGGCGAAGAUGCCUCCUGUACUGAGAACCGCUCUGUCUGCACCAGCCACCCAGAGCCAGCAAGCAACCUGGAAGGGAAGCACCCCACAGGGGAAAGAGCUGGCACUGAGGAUGUCAUUGGGCCGCCCAUUGCUGUGGAGAAAGGAGAUGCAUCAAGUAAUGAGCUGGCAUCAGUUGGGUCAAAUGGUCAGGGUGCAAGUGUUCUCUCCGAGGAGGUCAUCGGGUCAGGCAACAAGCACGUACCUGUCAGUACUGUGGGACAUGAUGCGGUGUUUGACAGUGAGGGAAAGGACCAGCUGGGAGUGGAGGGCUACACCACACGAGGAGGUGUUGAAAGUGCCAUGUCCAGCCCUGCAACAUCUGAGCGUGAGGAAGUGAAAGAUGAGCGGCCAGCUAAGAGAAAGCGAGCAGACUCCAGUGGGCAAAACCUAGAGACGCCAGAACUUCCCUCUGAGUCAUGUGAUGGUACUCGGCAAGUAAUCAAAAACCUGCCAGCAUUCACUUGUGAUGUGGGAACUUUGGCCUGUUCUGAGGCACAGUCUCAGUCUUUGACCCAGAGAGUCUCUGCACACUUGGAUAAAAAGUCUAUCAUCUGUAAAGAUCAAUUGUUGGAAACGGAUAGACCGAGUCCAGAAACCUGUUUAACUACAGUAAACGGAAAGGAGGGCAGUUCUGUUCUGGACGAUUCACCGGUUACAAAGAGAGUUAAACGAGAGAGAGAUGUGAAGUGCCGCAUUGUGGAGGUGAUUGAGGUGAUGGAGUCUGAUGAAGGGACAGAGGAACUGCUAACGGAUAAUGCACCGUCCUCUGUUGGAGUGAAGAGCCCGCUUCCUACCGUCGAUUCCACCCAAGCUGAUUCCCCUCUUGUCAGCGUGGUCACCAGCUCCCAGCCCAGUCCUGUAAGGCACAAAAGGGUGAAUGUGGCAACCCAGUGUGACCCCGAAGAAAUCAUCAUCUUGUCUGACUCUGACUGAAAGUGGUCAGUUCGCCGGGAGUUCUGUAAAUCAGGGAAGGGGGGGGUGGGGUGCCUGUCUCUCAGAUAACUGAGGUACUAUGGGAUGUACGCCGCUGACAGUUCUGUUAUCUGGGCUUGAAUCCUGAUGGGGCCAGAGGCUUGUUAAUUAACUGCACUGGGCUUUACUGACUGUUUUCCCCCCCCCCCCCCCCUUUCUCCUGUCUACUGGCCUAAUGCCCACUCCACUGCUCUGGGAGUGGGUUCACCAAGGAAUGGUCAGUUUGUCCUGUGUUACCAUAGAAGGUUGUUUUUAAAAUGUGUACAAAUUAAUUCUCUGCCACUUCAGUGAACAAUAAGACAGGGACUUCUCAGAUUGAGGUGACAGAACUUUAUAUAAAAGAAAAGUGUUUAAAAUUUGUCAACACUUGUUGCAUACUUUCCAAAAAUCUGAAGUGGUUUGUGCAGUAGGAUAAGCAAGAAGGCAUUUAAGAUGGUGAUGUGAAGCCUAACUUCACAGUAAUGAUUUACAGAUCUUCCCACAAUUUCAGAUGUUGAAGCUUUUCCCAGAGCCUGGGGAGGGUCCUUGCCCAAGUGUGAGCUGUGCUGGUCUUGCUUUCUCACUGGCCCGAUGAACAGAGCUGUCCUCUUCCAGGCUCUGGCCCCAUGGGUCUGUGGGGCUCUCCCUCUCCAUGGGGUAUCACAUGGGGCUUUGAUGCUCUCUGGCCCCUAGACCACUGGAGCCUGUGCUUUUAAAGCACUGGUUGAAGGCAGGCAGUUGGCCACUUUGCCAGGGUCAGAUGCACAUUUGCUGGCUGUUGAGAUAUUGGUAUCGUUGCUUACCUCGGGUGGAUUUGGAGUUCGUUUUUUUUUCCAGUUUUUUUUACUAAAGGUCCCUGUAGUAGAGUUCUGUAUUAAACUUCAAUUUAAAAAAAAUACUCAUUCUUGGUCACAAAGCACUGAAUUUACACCUGGAGUGCCUACUAUCAAAAUCCCCAUCAACUUUCCUCGGCAGACUUGCCAUUUUACUCCCCUCGCUGCAGUGGAGCUCCGACAAGCUGGAUAAUGUUCAAAUGCAGUGAGACACAACAAUGUAAGGGAGGGGUUUGCGCACGGUAAACAGCAAGAAAAGCAAAUGCUGCCUCAUAGCAGAAGUGAAUGCACAUUAUACACUGGAUGAGCCACAGUCACGUUCCUCUUUAGACCAAGUGAGAAUUGGUAUUGUCGAAUAAAGGGCUUGUUUGCCCCUGUUCCUGAGCAGUUGCAGUGAACAUCCCCUUUGAUGUGCAACCAAAAUGUAGGGUUGUUACCAUUUGUGAUGCCUGAUCUGGGUGGUGUUCGUGGCCACUCUUCCUGAAGCAACAAUAUGGGUGAGAAUUAGAUUCCGGGUUUAUAAAGGAAUUGAUAUCUCAAUGAAGGCCCAUUCAAGGGCAUUCUCCUAGAUUUGCUUUCAUUGGAAACUCUUGCUACCAACUGACUUCUUGUAGAACCUACCAUUUUCUUACUCUAAUGAGUCCUUCUCCCCCCCCCCCCCCAAUCGAGGCAUCCAGUGUCUCUUCCCCCAAGGGUUAACUUUAACACGAGGCCACCUCAUGUGACUACCUGAAGAUUAGAUUGUGCACAAUUGUUUCAUUACUCUUCUCUGGAUGGUGCUGACUUUAGACAGUGCAAAAAAAAAAGUGGUUUACAUUGGGCUCUGUUGAGUUUUCAGUAUUGGGUUGUUGUUCACCACACAACCCUUCUGACAGCAGUUACAUGGGCUUUGCCACCUGCCCGCUAGGUCAGGUUGGCUUGCUGGCACAGGGCAUGGGUGCAAUUCUUAAGGGCCACUGUUAAUAAGUAGUUUGGGGAAGGGACAGGUUGGUUUAGACGGGUGUGCUUGUAUGUGCUGGCCUGUUUCAGAGUCUUUGUACCUCUUGAAAGGGUGAUGGAAGUAGCAUUCACUGGUGAAGAAGUGAUGAAUAUUGAGUUGGAGUUGGAGUUGUCAGAGCAGCUGGCACCAACCCUCUCUACCAGCAAACUAUAUAUCCAUUUCUGCAAAGCACAUAUCUGAUUUCUUCUGUAUAGAUUAGUAAAAUUUCUGGCCUGUUUUAAUAAAUAUUUUCUGAUCUUUUUGACUUGCUUUCUAAGGACAGCUGUUUUAGAAAGUUUGUGGAACAGUCUGGUCGUACAUCAUUCAUUCAGUCUCCUGUAGCAGCCUCAACGACCUUCUGUUCAACAAAGUUGGUGUUUCAUUCCAGAAGCGCAAUGAGACCUUGGUUAAAGGUAUGUCAGAUGUUUGCCCUCUCGAAAUCCCUCAAACCCAUUCUGCUCUGACUUGGUCAGUGAACUUACACAAUACUCAGUAAAGAAAUUCCUCCUGGUUUCCAAUUCUUUGGUCUUCCCAUAUUUUCAAUGUUAGGUGAGUCUUGUGUAACUGUGGCCUUUAAUCCUUUGUAAUCAAAGCGGAUAAAUUAUUGUCCUCUUCCCCCAGCCCCAGUGUUACCCAACAGGUCAGACCGUAUCUGAAAUGACAAGAAGUUACCAACUACUCUGUAAAUGCCCAUGUCCCAACAACUACAAGAACAACACACAAAAUGCUGCAGCAACUCAGCAGGCCAGGCAGCAUUUGUGAAGGAGAAUAAACAGUCAACGCUUUGGGCCGAUACCCUUCAUAAAAAUCUAUCUAGUGCACUGGCGUUGGGACCCCGAGAGGGGUGGAUAGUAAACAAUGUGUCCCAUCUGAAAGGAGGAGGAGCUGCUCACUUUAUGUGGAUGGUAAUGUUUUGAAUUAGGAACUCCCAGUGUGGAGUUGAGAGCAACAAUUAGGAGAACAAUAAAAAACUGGAAUGAAAUGUC